AUGGCGGACACAAUGUCGGAGACCAAAAUCCCAGCUCCCGUCUACACGACGAAGUACAAGCCUCACCCCACCGAGAAGAUGAAGGCGGCUCAGUGGACGGGCACGAAGUCAGUCACAGUCGGCGAGGUGGCCAGGCCUAUGAUUACCGCGCCAAAGGACGCCAUUGUGCACAUCACGCACUGCACAAUCUGCGGUUCUGACCUGCACAUGUACGGCGGUGAGAUGAACAUGGCAAUGGAGAAGGGCGACAUCUUGGGCCACGAGGCUAUCGGGUACGUUGAGGAAGUUGGCCCAGAGGUCAAGGGCUUCAAGGCAGGGGACCGCGUCAUCAUCCUACCCGUCAUCGCCUGCGGAGACUGCUUCUACUGCGAGCGACAGGAGUACUCGCUCUGCGACAAGACCAACCCGUCCAAGGAGAUGGAGAGCCUGUACGGCCACCGUCUAUCCGGCAUCUUCGGCUACUCGCAUCUCACCGGCGGCUACCCUGGCAACCAAGCCGAGUACUGCCGCGUGCCCAACGCCGACCUCGUGCUCGUGAAAUGCCCAGAAGACAUGCCCGCGAAGAAGGCGCUCGCUCUCGCCGACGUCACCGACACGGCCUGGCACGGCUGCGAGCUCGCCGAGGUGGGCGAAGGCGACGUCGUCGGCGUCUGGGGCUGCGGUCCCAUCGGCCUCUCGAUCCAGCGCCUGUCUUUGCUGCGCGGCGCCAAGAAGGUGUAUGCGGUGGACGUUGACACCAAGCGCCUCGCCAUGGCGGAGUCGUUCGGCAUGAUCCCCGUCGACGCCAACAAGCACAAGGCCGACGAGUACAUCCUGUCCGUUGAGCCGCACGGCCUCGACAAGGGGAUUGAGGCAAGCGGUUUCCGCAGCACGGACUCGGCUGCACACAAGAUCAUGAGGGCGACGGGCCUCGAGGGCGACAGUGCGGACACUGUCAGCGAGGUCAUCAAGGCGACGCGGAAGUGUGGUAAUGUAGCCUUGAUCGGGGACUUCUUCUUCCACACCAACAUGUUCCCGAUCGGAAUGCUCAUGGAGAAGACCAUCACCCUGCGCGGUGGACAGCUCAUGGCGCAGAAGUAUUACCCAUACCUCCUCAACUUGGUGAAAGAAGGCAAAUACGACCCCUCGUUCGUGUUCACUCAUGAGGAUGACUUCGAAAACAUCCCGAAGAUCUAUGACGAGCAGUUCCAUCACACAGUACCCGGAGGACUGAAGGCGGUUUUGCGGACUCCGUACGGCCGCUCACUGGGCCAAUAG